CGUGGUGGUGGUGGUGGAGCGAAAGAAAACACAGAGGCCCCAAAGAACAGCCUGAAAAUAGGCAAAGAUGCCCCCAUUGUUGUUGCCUUGAUGUUCCCCUUCCCUCCAUCCUUUCUCUUCUCUCGCUUUCUUUCUCCUCUUUUCAUCUUGAUGUCUGUACCUUCCUUCCCUUUCCCCAAAUUACACUUUCUCUGACGCGCACUCCCCCACAUCCCUGUAAGAUGCCAUAGUAGACAUAAACAGAGCUCUCUCUUUCCCCCCUCCUCCUCUCUCCGCACAGUCUGCUAGUUGAUUAGUCCGACUCACAUCACCGCUCUCAAAAACCACCCUCAUUUACAUCGCCAUUUCUUUACUCCACCACAUUCCCUCUCUUCCACGACUCCAUUCCACGCUGUCUUCUUCAUAUUGGUCUGGGAUUGCAGAUCUGGGUAUCUACAUUCAACCCAUUUGAUUUGACCCUCGUUUCCAUUACCCUUUUCCGCACUUCUUUCUUUCUUUGUCUGUGACGGAGUAUUGGAUCUCGAUGUCUCGAUUCAGAGCUGCCUUUCUUGUGUAAAUAUGGUGUAGAAAUUUUCGGUCUUUCCAUUUUGGGUUGGGUCUGUGUAUGUUUGUUUUGAGAAAUGGGAUCCAGCGGAAGCAAACCCUCCUCCAGUGGCGCAUCUUCUUCUAGGGGCGGUGGUGGUUCCGGCGGCGGCGGAGCCAGACGGAAGUGUAGAAGUAAAGGGAGUAGGGGUUUCCAGUCUUAUUGCCUUGGCCGCGGGUCUGGGUCUCGGAACAGCAAUGGCAGCGUCGAUGAUCAUGUCUUUGAGAAAGGGAGUAAAUAUGAAGAGAGUGAAGAUUCAUCUGGUAAUCAAACAGAGGGGGAUCAAGUUAAGGUUGAAUGCUGUAGAAAUGUUAAGGUUCAAGACUCUGAUGAUAUACCUGGUGUAACUUCUACUUCUGAUCAUGAUGAAUGGAGUCAAGCAAGUAUCUCCAAUAAUGCUUCGAGAACCGCUAGCAGUUCUGCCCGUGCUGUUUCUCCAAGUAGCUUCCUUUCUCGAUUUAGCUUCAUUCCUGGUAAUGUGAGCUUCAGACUCAGCAGAGCAUCAAGUUUAGGGUCUUCAAGGGCUUAUCCUGUUCCUUCAUCAACUCUCGGAAUGUUGAAUGAUGAUGAGGAGGUUUGUGCACAUCCUGUAUCUGCCAAUGGGAUAAAUGAUGGAGAUCAAUCUCGGCAAGUUGCUAAUGUUCUACCUGCUUCAUCGGUCUCUGGAACUUCAGCUAGAUUUAGGAUUAAUGAUCAACCAUCUGAUUCUUUGGACCAAGCCGAUCAGGGGAUUUCUUCUUAUCAAUAUAGUAUAGGAAAUGAAAGAACCACCCAGGUCUGGGUUGAUAGAGAUCUAGAUUCCCCAGUAGCUUUGAACGAUUUGGAUGGUAUCGAGAACCGACAUGCUGAUAGGCGGACAGCUGCAAGAGAGCCUGUUGAACGGAAUGUUAGAUUUAGCAGGACCUUAAGUGUUGGGAGACUUCGUGAUAGAGUUCUCCGACGAUCUUCUCUAUCUGACAUGUCAUUUUGUCCUUUGCCACACGAAAGAGAAGUGAGAGAUGGUAAUCGGGGUAAUAGGGUGCAGCAGUUGGGUGGUGUGGCUAGGGCUGUGGGGUCUGAGCUUGAUUUACCAGCUUAUCCAAAUGGUUCUGGUUAUCCUUCAUCUGGCAUGCCUAACUCCUUGUUUGGCAUUCAGGAUCAUGAAGUGGAAACUUCGCGAUCAAGAGAAGAUAGGUAUCAUGACUUACUUGAACAUAGGUCAACUUUCCUUGAGCGAAGGAGACGAAUACGGUCUCAGGUCCGUGCUCUUCAGAGGUUAGGAAACCGCUUUGAGAAUCUGUCUGGACAUGAGAGGUCUUGCAUUUUAUCUGGUCAACAUAGAACAGGUCGUUGUACAUGUCGUCUAAGUAAUCGUGAUGCCAAUUUAAAUGAUGACACAAGUGCUAGAGCUAGCAUAUCAAGAAUCGUCAUGUUAGCUGAAGCACUUUUUGAGGUUCUGGAUGAAAUUCACCAGCAAUCUGUGGUAUUAUCUUCUCGGCCUUCUGUAUCUUCCCUUGGCUCUGUUCCUGCACCGAAUGAAGUUGUGGAUUCUCUACCUGUCAAGUUAUACACCAAAUCACAAAAACAACAGAAUGAUGAGGCAGCACAGUGUUACAUAUGCCUUGUCGAGUACGAUGAAGGAGAGUGCAUGCGGGUACUGCCUUGUCAUCAUGAAUUUCAUCGAGCUUGCAUAGACAAGUGGCUGAAGGAGAUUCAUAGGGUAUGUCCACUAUGUCGGGGAGAUAUAUGCAGGCGUCCUGAUGCAGUACUGGCAGUCGAUCGUUGAUGAAGCCGAGGCCACAUUGUGUGUUGAGACUUGAGAGUGAGUGAACAUAAUUGCAUUGUAUGAGUAUGACAGAUUUCACAUUUCAAAAUGCAUAUAGGUUUAGCAGAAGAAGAGUUCAGCCCUUUUCUACCUGUAUUACACUGUACUACUGUGUCCUUAAGGUCGGGAAUUGAAGUGAGAGCAUUGGGCAGAAAUGGACUGAACUACUGCAACCCAUAUUUGGCAGCAAAGAGAGUAAAUUCCUUCCUGCUUCAAACAGAACACAUGGAUUUGUGAGCAUUUGCAGAUGCAGGUGGUUCUGUUUGUCAAAUUUAUUUUGUUUCCAUUUUCGGUUACAAUCACAUGAUGCAAUCAGGACCUAAAUGGCAAACUGAGAGUAGGCAGAAAAGGAAAUUGGAAACAGAAGAAACUCCAUUCAUCAGCGGCAGUGAGAUCGCCAGCUGCCUGUCAUUUACAUCUUAAAUUAACCACUGAGAUUAAACUGGUUAAUUCUGAAAAGUUUAAUUAACGAAUGAGAACUACUAAUUAA